AUGGCGCAGUGCGUGCGUCGGCUGGUGCUGGCGGCGCCCCUCGCCGCUGUGGUGGCGCUGCUGCUGUGCACGAGCAGUGCACCGGUGGCGCGUGCUGCGGGGACGAGCGACUUCACUGAGGCGCAGCAGAAGAACACGCUGACGGUGCUGCGGGCGUUUGCGCGUGCGAUCCCUGAGCUGGGGAAGAAGUGGACGGGCAGCGACUUCUGCUCGUGGAACUUCGUCACAUGCUACUCCUCCGGCGUCAGCGUGUGGAUGGACAAAGUGGAUUAUACCGGCACGCUGCCGGAGAUGCCUUCGGGCGUCGACUACAAGGACGUCAUGAUCAUGGCACUGAACUUCAGCGCAAUGGGCCAGGGGCUGAGCGGGACGCUGCCCGCCUCAUGGAGCUCGCUGACGUCCUUGAUGUCACUGUGGAUCGAAAAGUCUGAGAAGGUCACCGGCACGCUGCCUGCACAGUGGAGCUCGAUGACGUCGCUGGGCAAUCUUAACCUGCGCUUCACUAAGGUGUCCGGCACGCUGCCUGCCCAGUGGAGCUCGAUGAAGCAGCUGACCCUUCUGCAUCUGGAGGGCACUAAGGUCUUCGGCACGCUGCCUGCCCAGUGGAGCUCGAUGACGUCGCUGGGCAAUCUUAACCUGCGCUUCACUGCGGUCUCCGGCACGCUGCCUGCCCAGUGGAGUGGGAUGACGAGUGCGGAGGCCCUGCAGCUGGAGUACUGCGGUCUGUCCGGUUGUCUGCCCCCCGAGUGGUCUGCGAUGCCGAAGCUGCGUAUCGUCUCACUGAGCGGCAACCACUUUAGCGGGUGUGUGCCCGACUCGUGGGUCAAGAAGCCUGGCCUCGUUGUGACCAUAGAGGACGAGCACAAGGGCAGCAACUGUGUAUCUGAUAAUCUCUGCGACACAACCACUGAGCCGCCCACUGCGCCCACCACCACCGGCACCCCAGCAGCCUCCUCUACUCCUUCUCCAGGGUCGGGGUGCGAGGUGGAUGGGUGUGAGGUGUGCGAGGGGGACUCCGCUGCGCGGUGCGCCAGGUGCCGUGAGGGCUACUCCCUGACGGACGAGAAGACGUGCCUGGCGCACCACGAUGGCGGCGUGGCGGCGGCGUCGAGCGGAGCGGUGGCUGCCGCUGCUGUGUGGGCGGCUGUGCUGUUGAGCGUGGGGCUGGCGGCGUGA